UGGAGGACGGUGGAUUGGUUCCAGUAACUGUCGUAAAGUGACAGUUGCUUUGCAGCUACAAUGGAGGUUGCUGCGACAGCACUUUACGGCGGCGAGGAACAGGGAAGCCGAGGGGGAAAGAGACGUUUAGGGUCUCGAGGAAAGCCGAAGUAGUCACCCUCACCAUCGGAAUUUCAACGUUUUUAAAGAAUGGUAGGAAACCUGUUUUAAAGACGUCGUUACACCGUGGAUACUUAUCUCUUCGUUGCGUUUCUGUACUCUUUAUUUUCCUCUGAAUGAGGUGGGAUGGCCGCAGUGCCGACUGGGCCUAGCAGCGCCUUACCAGAAUCCCCGGCUGAAAUUACUCCCUUCCCCGGGGAUGGGUGCGGUGUACCCGGGGAAGGGAAAAGGCAGGAAUUGGUUACUCCUGCCAAAGUACUGGAACAGCAGGUCUCUGAGGGCAAAAUAGUUAAAAAUACAAACCAAAAGUGCUCGCUUUCUCACUCAGAGUUAACCCAGCACCACCACAAUCGAACAGAAGAACAGCAAGUGAACGGCGUAAAUCUUUCCAUGGAGCACGGCUUCAGCCACAACCAUGUAGACGAGAGUCCAGACGAACUGAGACAAUCUCCAGAUCGUUCUGACAGCUGUGUCGAUGCGGCAAGCCGCACGGUAAGCGACAGAAAGUGCUCUUGCGGACGCCAUGAGCGUGGUCCGUGUGCGAAUUGCUGCCAGACCCAGUCGAACAAUAGUGACGGCCAGGAGACUCGGACUGAACCCAAUUCUGAAGCUUGCCAGAGCCACUGUACCACCGCCGCUGGUGACCAGAACACGGAAACCAACAGCGAUGGCACGGAAGUACAUAGACAUUCAGGUGAAAACCUGGAUAAAGGGGCCCACGGUGCAGAAGAUUCAACCCCAGCGGCUCAAUUAGCGAGGCUAGACCUGAACAGCGAUGCUGGGCUCGAUCAAGAUAUCCUCUACGUUCGCUACGAGUCGGAACUACAGAUGCCAGGAAUCAUGCGACUCAUCACGAAAGACCUGUCCGAGCCUUACUCCAUAUACACCUAUAGGUACUUCAUCCAUAACUGGCCGCAGCUUUGCUUCCUGGCGGUGGUGGACGGCGAGUGUGUGGGAGCCAUCGUGUGUAAGCUGGACAUGCAUAAGAAGAUGUUCCGCCGCGGGUACAUCGCCAUGUUGGCCGUGGACUCCAAACACAGACGGAAAAGCAUCGGUACCAACCUUGUGAAGAAGGCCAUCUACGCCAUGGUGGAAGGCGACUGUGAUGAGGUUGUCCUGGAAACUGAGAUCACCAACAAGUCUGCUCUGAAGCUGUAUGAGAACCUGGGCUUUGUGAGGGACAAGCGUCUGUUCCGGUACUAUCUCAACGGAGUGGACGCCCUGAGGCUCAAACUGUGGCUCCGCUAGGCCACCUGCCCCCCCCACCCCCCCCUCGCCCUCCCCCCAGCACUGACAAACCCCCUCAUCUACCCCUCCUCCUGUAAACCCUCUCUCUCUCUCUCUCUCUCUCUCUCUCUCUCUCUCUCUCUGUCUCUCUCUCUUUCUCUCUCUCUCUCACACACACACACUCACACACACACACACACACACACUCUCUCACACACUCACACGUCUCAGCCCAGGCACAGAGUCCUACAGGAUCGCCAUGUUUCCCUACGAGGACUAUUUUUUUUUUACUCUGAAAAACAUAUAAAAGAGUUUAGAGAUGGUUUGAAAGGGUGUGUGUGUGUGUGGUUCCUGCAAGAGUUGAAACGGACACAGACAGCAGCGGCGGCCGCUGGCGAAGAUCUGGCGAAGAUCUGGCGGCGAUCUGACCGGGUUCUGGCGGCGAUCUGUCUGGGCCGCCCCGUCUGUGGUAUGCGAGUAAUGGUAAACUAAGAGGCGUUUACUUCAGUGGAGCCUGUUGGGAUGGGGGGAGGGGGUCCAGUGGCCGGAGGGAGGGAUGGAGGGAGGGAGGGAGGGGUAUGCACUCAUUUUCAAAGGCAGGAGUGGUGGUGGGGGGUGGGGGGGGGGGGAGGGGGGGGCUAAGGAACAAAAGGAGUCAGAUGUACAUUUAUGUGGAAUUUCUUUCUGUUUCUUUUGUUUUGUUUUUAACAAGAGUGUUGGAAGAGUUGAAGUUGUAGGAGUUUCUCUAUGGCUGAGUGGGUUUGGGAUGUUUUGGGGAUGUGUUUGUAACUGUGUGUAGGUGCGUGUGUGUGUGUGUGUGUGUGUGUGUGUGUGAUGCAUAUGUGGAUGUGCUGUUCUGUUCUGUUCUGUGUGUGGUUCUCUCAGUGUGAGAUGAGCACUAGUAGGACUGCCGGUUCUAGGCUUCAGUGCUGGGAGAACUCACUCGGACUCGCCCCUGACUCUCAGUCCUCCAAGCUGCCCAAGAACAAAACCUGUCCUUCCCACAAUGCACUGCUAGCCACAGGUCAUGGGAGGGCCAAUCAGCUGUGAACGCAGAGGUUUCAUACCAUUUUUUUCUUUUUUUAAUGCUUUACAUCCGAUGCCUGAGAACAUGCCGUUUCUUCCAGUCGAGCCCCCCAUUGGUUGGCACGAGAUGCAGGAAGUAGAGAAGUGUUUAUGUCCUUAGGAUGCAGUCCUGUGUGUGUGUGUGUGUGUGUGUGUGUGUGCAGGUGUGUGUGCAGUCCAGACAUUUCUUCAGAAUCUGACCCGGGAGUUGCCGACGGGAGAAGAUUCUGGAAAGGCUUAGGGCGCUGGAGCAGAUAGCAUGUAGCGGUUAGCAUUGGCCCUGGGUUUGAUCACUACUCCAGAGCAGAGCCAGCAGUAUACGAGCCAGCAGUAUUUCCCCCCCCCCCCCCCCCCCCCCCCCCCA